AUGGCAGGGGCUCAGGUGGGGCUGCCAGGACCCUUCCCAGAGCCCCCGGUUGGGCCAUGCCCCGUCUCCGACUCCGACUCCGACUCUGAGGAUGCAGCCGCAGGCAGCACAGGACCCGGCACUGGGGUGCAGAACCCCUCCCAGGUCAUCCACAGUGGCCACUUCAUGGUGUCGUCCCCGCACAGCGACUCACUGCCCCGCCGGCGCCACCACCGCACUGAGCCCGAACCAGCUGAUCCCCGGAGCAUCGACCCGACCCUCACCCGGCUCUUUGAGUGCAUGAGCCUGGAGUACAGUGGGAAGCUGGUGUCUCCAAAAUGGAAGAAUUUCAAGGGGCUGCGGCUCCUUUGUCGGGAUAAAAUUCGUCUCAACAACGCUAUCUGGAGAGCAUGGUACAUCCAGUAUGUGGAGCGGAGGAAGAACCCUGUGUGCGGCUUCAUCACCCCACUGGAGGGGUCAGAGGCUGAUGAGCACCGAAAACCAGAGGCUGUCGUGCUGGAGGGCAACUACUGGAAACGCCGCAUCGAGGUGGUGAUGAGGGAGUACCACAAGUGGAGGAUCUACUACAAGAAGCGGCUCCGAAAGUCCACCCGGGAGGGAGAGCUCUCCAGCCCAAAGCAGGAUGAGGAUGUCUGGAGGCCAACAGAGAAAUGGUGCAACCAGCUCUUCUGCAACGUGGUGCCCAUGCUGCUUGGGGAUGAGGAAGAGGACCCAGGGGGUAGGCAGCACUUCGACUUGGACACCUUCCUCUCAGACAUCUCUGACACCCUCUUCACCAUGACACAGACUCCCAGCACCCACCAGGCGCUCCCCGAGGAUGCAUACGUUGGGAAUGCUGACAUGAUACAGCCGGACUUGGCACCCCUGCAGCCCAGCCUGGAUGAUAUGGAGAUCUCAGGUAAGAGCCAGCCUGAAUGCGAUGCCACAUCCCACACAGCCCAGCACGCUCUGCACCCCACGGCAGCCAAAAACUGGGGGGAUCGGAAGGAUGGCCAGACAGCAGCAAGAGCUGCUGGGGCAGAGAGAAAGCACCAGACAUCCAUCAGCAUGGAAAAAGUGGCGGUGAAGCCGCUCCCGGGCCCCCCUGUGCCGCCCCGGCUGGCCAUGCCCAACCCCUGCCUGAGCCAGCUGCUGACCACGGCCAAGCAGGAGCCAGCCCUGGAUGCCCCACACCCAAUGGAUGCAGGACUCAUGCCCAUGUCCCCGGUCUCCCUGCAAAGUGCUGUCCCCGACGUCCCUGCCACCUGCCUCUCCAGAAUGGCCCAGCUGAGCCCAGGGCUGGCUCCUGGCUCCAGCCCUUCCCAGGCAGUGCAGGUGCUGGUGCCAGGACCGCUGGCGGGCACCCAGCCGGGCCCACUGCUGGUCCCCAAGGCGGAGCAGCUGUCCCCCACGUCGGCUUGUGGCAGUGACUGGCCCAAGCCCAGCCAGGCUUCCCCAGGACCCGCUGUAGGGCUGGGCACUGGCAUCUCCCUGCACCACCCUGUGUCCCGUCGGGGCAGGUCUGAGUCCAACAAGGUGGAGAGCCGCCGCAUCACACACAUCUCUGCCGAGCAGAAGAGACGCUUCAACAUCAAGCUGGGCUUUGACACACUGCACAGCCUGGUGAGCACACUGAGCGCCCAGCCCAGCAUCAAGGUCAGCAAGGCCGCCACCUUGCAGAAGACAGCAGAGUAUAUCUGCAAGCUGCAGCAGGAGCGGGCAGCCCUGCAGGACGAGGCACAGCGGCUGCGGGAGCAGAUUGAGGAGCUCAAUGGCUCCAUCAACCUGUGCCAGGAGCAGCUGCCAGCCACGGGGGUGCCCAUCACACGCCAGCGCUUUGACCAGAUGCGCAGCAUGUUCGACGAGUACGUCCGCUCCUCCACACUGCAGAACUGGAAGUUCUGGAUCGUAUCCUUUGGGGCCAGUGCUUGCUGCUUCUUCUGCUACAAUGAUGCAAACAGAGUAGGAGUAAAAGGCUGGUCCUUGGGGAGAAGGGAAGUCACCAGUGGAGCUGAGCUCAUGCAGGGAAGAGCUGCUGGUGAUGUGGCAACUGAGUCAGAGAGGCAGCAGCCAUCAACUAGGAAUUAG